AUGGACGUUGCUUCUGUCGCCUCGCGCCUGGUUCCAAUUGCUCCCGCACCAGUUCGGACACCCUAUAUCACUGACCAGGAUAGCCAUAGCCCUGAAUUGACCACAAUGAGCUUCAACUGCCAAGCUUGCGUGCGCAAGAAAAUCAAAUGUGAUAAGACGGUGCCAACAUGUUUGCGCUGCAGCAAAGCAAAACUUCAGUGCAUCUAUCAGGCUCCCGCAGCACGAAAGAGACAGCGAAGCCAGAUCGAAGAUAUGGAAGAGCGAUUAGCGCAGUACGAGCGUAUUUUGCAUGACAACAACCUUCUCCAUACAUCCUCUCCGUUGACCCAAUACGGCCAGAAGAUGGAGACAUCAGUGGUUAGCACACCUAGCUCGCAACCCGCCAGCUCGGGUAAACUUCUGUCCACCGAUGGCAAGUCUCGUUAUAUUGACAGUGUCCUCACUGAAGAGGGUGACCUGUGUGAAGUAUCCGAUUCCGACCAGGAUAACAGACCCCACCAGGACGCCGGAGCUGAUGAGAGCAUAUCUACGGGCCCUCUUGGUAUCCUCGUGGCGCACACCAUCUCUGGAGCCAUACUUGGAAACACACAGAGCAUCGCCGCCCAACAUCCCGGCUAUGAGGAGAUGACCAAGCUCUGGAAUGUGUAUGUGCAAAACGUGGAGCCUCUGUGCAAGGUCCUUCAUAUUCCAACUGUCGCAAAAAUGGUCGACACCGUUUCAAAACAACCCUCCGUUGCCUCAAAAGACGACGAAUGUCUGCUUUUUGUCAUCUACUACUUCGCCGUGUUCUCCAUGUCGGACGCUGACUGUUUGCAACAAUUCAAUCAAUCGAGGAACGACUUGGUGUCGAAAUAUCGGACCUCUGUAUGCCAGGCACUUAUCAAUGCGUCAUGGCUGAAAACAACAUCAACGCUGGUACUACAGGCCUACACACUGUUCCUCAUUGCCAUGAGGACUCAACUAGAUUCCGACACGUUUUGGAUUUUGACGGGUAUUGCGAUUCGCCUCGCACAACGCAUGGGGAUUCACCGUGAUGGUGAGAACCUCGGAUUGCCACCGUUUGAGGUUCAAAUGCGACGGAGACUCUUUUGGCAACUUCUUCCGCUCGACAGCUAUGCGGGCCAGGUUUCCGGCACUGGUAUCAUGAUAUCACCGAAUAGCUGGGAUACUAAACCACCCUUGAAUAUCAACGAUGAUCAGAUUUUCCCUGGUAUGACAGAGCCACCCCUUGAACAGCGAAGUGCUACAGAAAUGAUCUUCGCCUUAUCUCGGAUCGAACUAUCAAAUUUUUAUAAUCAAACUGGCGUCAAAUUGAAAGAAAUCGGUGCCACAAUUCAGUUUAGGGAUGCAGAGGACAUCGAGAGACUCAUUAAUGAGGUCGAAGAUCUCAUCGAGACUAAAUUCCUUCGAUACUGCGAUAUACUGAACCCCUUGCACUUUUUUACGACUGGUAUCACCCGAUCUGCAAUCAAUGCUGUUCGACUACGGGCUCGAAUGCCGCUACUGAUGGCGCAAACCACUACAGACGCGCAAAGGAGAGAUAUUUGUGCGCUUGCAGCAAGGAUCCUCGAUACAACGAGCGCCAUCUAUGCAAACCCUAACAUGCAAAAGUAUCGAUGGCAGAUGCAAGGUUUCUUCCUGUGGGAUGCCCUUCUCUGCAUCUUACGUAGCAUCGCAGAUGUCAGAUUCUACUCGACCUUGGAGCUUGAUACUUCUUGGAACAGGGUUGCAGAUGUCUAUUCAAAUUACGAAGAACUUGCCAAAGGCAGAAAAACUCUGCACGUCACAAUCGGUAAGAUAACUCUCAAGGCCUGGCUUGCGAAUCCUCCAAGUCAGUCGUUCCCGGAGCCGGCGUUCAUAACCGCACUGCGUGCCCAACACGAACCAAACAUGAGUAGGCAACAGGAGAGCAUGGGUGGAAGAGAGGGGACCACUAUGCUUGCGGACGGUGUAUGUGGUUUUGGUGAAAAAAUCGGGAACAUUGACGGGACAGGUCUGGAUUCAAAUGGUGGGUUUGAUCCUUCAGAUUGGGUCUUCUGGGAUCAACUGUGUCGAGAGUUGGGCUGA